AUGUAUGGGGUUAGGGAAGAAAGCGGUAGAGUAGUGAGAGAUACGGAGGAAAUGGUCAAGGUGACCACAGAGCAUUUCCAAGGUUUCUUUCAAGAGAGGGCAGUAGAUGUAGAGCAGGGGAAUGUGUUUUUAGAACACCUGUCCCAGCAAGUGCCGGAGGACAUUAGAAAAGCAAUGGAGGUUGAGAGCGCCCUCAGGAGGAUGGGAAAAGGGAAGGUGCCCGGGAUGGAUGGGCUGUAGUCCUCGAAGUCUUGAAGGCCAUCCUCGAUACAGGUGUACCGGGGGGAUUGAUGGCCGUAUGUGUGCUGUCACUUCUGUACAAGAAGGGGGACCCCACAGAUCUCGGCAACUGGCGGCCGUUGACCAUGCUGUGCGUAGACUACAAGCUACUUGCGAAGGUUCUAGCGGACCGGUUGCGCACAGCCCUUCCCUACGUCGUCCAUGAGGAUCAGACGUGUGGGAUAGAGGGACUCUCUAUUAGGUGGAACCUGAGUUUGAUCAGGGACUCCAUUGCUUGGGCAGAGGAUAGAGGGCUGUCGCUAAUGGUAGCAGCACUCGACCAGGCUAAAGCCUUUGAUCGAGUGAAUAGAUUUAUUUUCAGGGUGUUAGGCAGGUUAGGUUUCGGGGAGAAGUAUAUAGGGUGGAUCCGUGCUUUAUAUGUCGGAGCAGGGUGCCGGGUGAACGUAAACGGUCACAUGGGUGACAUUUUUUAUCUUGAGUCUGGGGUCAGGCAGGGGUGCCCGCUCUCGGCACUCCUCUUCGUUCUGUACAUGGAGCCUCUGGGGGCUGCCAUUAGGGCAGACACAGGGGUGGAGGGCAUGCUUAUCCCUGGAAGCGGUGGGCUGCAUGUUAAGAUGACCCAGUACGCAGACGACACUUCCUUGUUGCUAUGCAAGGACUCGUGCCUGACUAGGUCCCUUGCCAUCAUAGGGGAAUUCACCCGAGCGUCGGGAGCGGUCCUCAAUCACGCUAAGUCAUCCGUUAAGUAUUUCGGAAGAUGGCGUGGGAGGACAGAUGUGCCUGGGGGGUUAUCUCUCUGUAGUGGGGCCCUGAAGAUUCUCUGGGUCCUUUUUGAGACCUCUGGCUCAGCGACGCUGAACUGGAACAGGCGCAUCGCAGUGGUGCAGAGGAAGGUGGGGAUGUGGAGGGCAAGGUCCUGGUCCUCAAGGUGGAUGUGUUGCCAUCACUAUUGUAUAUGGCGUACGUCUACCCAUUGCCAGAGAGUCUGAGAGUGCCUCUAGUGAGGCUGGUGUUCCAGUUCAUGUGGGGUUGCAAGCAAGAGUAUGUCGCGAGGGUACGCAUGCUCUGUCCCAUCGGGGAGGGAGGUAGGGGGGUACCACAUUUUACCCUCAAGCAGGAUUCAAUUUUUGUUUCAUAUUUGUUGACUGAGCUGGCUCAUCCGGUAAUACACCCGUCUGGUUACCUCCUGCGGGUGUUCUUCUCUUACCAGGCGAGAAGCGUAAUGGUGUGGACUAACACAGGUCCUCGGGCGGAACAGCUGCCGUCACACUUUGGCUAUGCGGCCAAGUGGCUGCGUGGUCACCCCGAGGUUGAAGUAGCCCGAGUAGGUUUAGAUCACAGGCACCUGUACGAGGAGGUGAGACGGGGAGGGUGUCCCGGGCCGGUAUUGGGUAUCCCGGCUGUGGUUUGGGAAGGAGUGCAGGUGCGAGGUCUGGAUAACAGGCUCAAAAACCUGAAUUGGUUGAGCCUCCAUAAGGGCUUGCCCGUACGUUCCAUCUUGUACGGGCGUGGCUUGACUCGAUCCCCCACCUGCCCAAGGCCAACUUAUGGCGGGGAGGAGACGGUGCGCCAUGUUUUUUGGGACUGUGCUUUCGCCGGGGUAGUGUGGGCUAGGGCACAGGGUCUGAUAGGCAGGGUGAGAGGGGAUUUUGUGGUUACAUGGGCUAGGGUAGAGAGAGGGCUAGGGUAGAGAGAGGGGUAGGGAGAGCGAGGGGGACGGUUAGGGACAGGUUUCUGCUCUGGCUUCUCAUAAGCCUCUUUAAACAGGGUUUGUGGGAGGCUAGGCAGAAAUAGGAAAGGACAGGGGGAGAAGGGGGUGUGGAGGGGAUAGUGAGGAGGGUGGAGAGAAAUUUGAGGGGGAGGAUGAAGGGAGAGGAGAAGAAGUGGGGGCAGCAUGCUGCUCGGGAGAGGUGGAAAGGGGGUUUAGGAUUAUUGUAGAGGGGGGUGUUUAG